CGCAGCUUCUGAGAAUAUGUUUGAAGCUGUGGUCUGCUCUGUUACUCACUGACGACUUUCAGAUGCUUUGAAAGGUGUACCCUAUCAGAUUCCAACGAUUCUUCUCUUCGAAACAAAUCGUCCCCUCCAGUAACCCCACCACCCCACCAAGAUGGUCCUCCACAACCCAAACAACUGGCACUGGGUCAACAAGGACGUCUCCACCUGGACUAAGGACUACCUCGACAAGGACUUGGUAGGCAUCAAAGCUGAGAAGAAUGGCGUCAAUGCAGAGGUCAGCAAAGUGCUGAGCAUGGACGGUGAUGUGGAAGUCGCACAGCGGAAAGGCAAGGUCAUCACCAUCUUCGAUGUGCGGUUACAAUUGGAGUGGACGGGCAAUAUCCCAGUGAAAGAAGAGCACGAAAAUGACGACGGAACCAAAGAAGAGCGCGAAGGCACGAAGGACGUGAGCGGAACAAUCACGAUACCAGAGGUCGCACACGACACAGAAGAGGACGAAUAUGUCUUCGAAGUAGAGCUCUACUCUUCAUCCCUCGAAAAAGAACCCGCCAAAGAGCUCGUCCGCAAAGAAAUCACCCCUCAACUUCGUUCACACUUUCAAAAGCUCGGUCCAGCCUUGAUCGCAGAACACGGCAAAGACGUCCAGCACGCCCCCGGCGAAAACCCCUCCGCCAAGUUCACCGCAGCGAAAACCUACAGCAACUCCGGCAUCAACAAAUCCGGCGAGAAAUCCGCCUCCACAACCACCACAACCAACAACGGCAACACCUCCGUCGUCAACACAACCACCCUCUCCGACCAACAAGAAUUCCGCACAACAGCCGACCAAGUCUACGAAGUCUUCACCGACCCCCAACGGAUCGCAGCCUUCACCCGCGGUGCGCCCAAACUCUUCGAAGGCGCCCACGAAGGCGGGAAAUUCGAGAUUUUUGGCGGAAAUGUCUCAGGCAGCUACGUGAAACUCGAGAAGCCGACGUAUUUGGAGCAGAAGUGGAGGUUGGCGCAGUGGCCGCAGGGACAUUACAGUACGUUGAAGAUUCGAUUUGAGCAGAAUGAUGUGGAUGCUGUGACGAUUAUGAGGGUGGAUUGGGAGGGUGUGCCGAUUGGGCAGGAGGAGCCGACCAAGAGGAAUUGGGAUGAGUAUUACAUUCGGAGUAUCAAGACGACUUUUGGGUUUGGUACCAUCCUAUAGGUGGCGGGAAGGGCGAAUAGGUAGGGAAGAAAGAGGCAAAGAAAGAGAGGAACGAUGCUUAGACGUGUAGAUGAUUAGACGAGAUCAAGGAUCAGUGAAGGUAUUGAAUCUUCAUCAUACAG